AUGACAGAACUCACUGAGGAUGCCGACUACGAUGCCAGCGAAAUGUCUGAGAAGGUACCAAGUCCACUAUCUGAUGCUGGAAAUUAUGCUGACUACGUCGGACAAGGUACAUUCUAUUCAGUCGCCCUGACAACAAGACCAAGUUGUACAAAUGAGGUCAACCCAUUCUCCAAAGUUUUCGUUGUUUAUUCGAGAACGACUUCGCUUCAUAUCCAAAGCCUCCUCACCCUCUUCUUCUUUGUGAUCGCCUUUACUCGGUUUACGGUAGACCCUUGA